UUCUCCCCCGUGCCUUUCUGUCUCUUCCUCGGUGGAAAUGGCCAUGUCCUCCGCAGAGCAGCCACUGAAGAAGCGGAAAAUAUAUGAGCCGCCACCGCCAGACCCGCCGUCGCAGCCUCUAGAAACCCUAGAGCAGUCUGAGAGCUCAGUUGCUCCACCAUCGACCCCACCACCCUCAGCUCCGCUGUCGCAAGAGGAAAUUCUCAUUAGAAGGAGAAACAGAGACGAGAUUCGGAGCGUGUACGACACUUACAAGCGACUUAAGUCUUGUAUCGCCCUCAAAGAGAAAGAUGCUCGUCACGUACCUGAGCUUGAGCAAGCUUAUCUCGCUCUCAUUUCUGCAUCUGGGGGUUGUUCAAGUGUACAGCGUAUUGUAGCUGAUUUCAUUCCUCGAUACGUCUCAUACUGCCCAACUGCUCUUGAAGCUGCAGCUAAAGUACUUACCAGUAUGCAUAACCAGAGCUUGACAGUGAUAAGUAAGGGAGAGGAUGCUGAUUUUGUUGCAUUUCAGACAGCCAAAGCUUGUGUUUUUGGUCUAGCUGAUAUUUGUCAAACUACUUCUUCAGUGGCACAGACAUCAUCUGUCAUCCGGGGCAUCUGUACAGCUGUUUUUCAGAAUGUUCUCUCUUUUUUUGUAUCAUCCUUCGAAGGGAAGGGUUUGCUUCAGAUUGUUGAUAAGGAUAUUUUGAAGAUGGAGGAUUCUGAUAAGAUCCUUCCUGAGUUAAAGGAAAAAUUUUCAGAAGAAGACGUAUCUACAUUAAUAAAGUUAUCAAAAUUUCGUGUGUUAUGUCUUGUCUGGAUUUUCUUUCGUUGUCCUAAAAAUUUACUUGCAGCUUGUUUUGAGCUUGCCAGCUCAUCUUCAUCUGAAGGAGCCAAUGAAGGACUGUUUUUUCUAAGACAGGUCUCAAGCAAGCUUUACAAUGGUGAUGUAUCUUGUCUUUUGGAUAAUACAAGUGAAAUGCCUGACUCUUCUUCCAAUUUGAAGAGUUGCUUGUUGGGACUGGUUUUGGAAAAAAAUUCAUCACUAAGAAGUUGGAUGUCCUCCCAAUACAAGAAACUGUGUAAGCUAACCUCUUCCAAAAUUUUGUCGGAGAUUAUACAUGCCCUUGAAGGAAUCUUUGAAUCAUUGGGUAAAGUGAUUAACGUAGAAGACAGCCAAGCACAUACUGAUGAGGAUGAUCUGAACCCAUCAAGAUGUGUCAAUCAGCAGUAUUUGAUGCCUAAAAUUUCUAAUCAACAUGAAUCCUCUAGUGAUCAGUCUGGAAGAGAGAAAUCCUGUGAUGAUAGUGGUGCCAACAAUUUAUCAGGUCAACACUCAAAACCUGACAGCUCAGUACUUCCCAUUGAAACUGAUAUUCACUUGAGUGCUACUUCUUUUCAUGAUAGUGGAGUUUCCAAGUCCGCAGACUUUGAGAGGCGAGACCCUGGAGGUUCAUCAUCUGGCAGGUCUUCUGUUCCCAGGGACCUGCUGAACCACCAGAUGCAUUCACCAGUCAUAGGAACUCCAUCGGACUUAAGGAGUAAUCAAUUUGAGGGUAGAACCCAUUUUCCUAAUGCUGACAGGGGUCAAGUUUCAAAUGUGGAUUAUAGCCCUUCUGCCUUUAGAUCCUCUAGUUCAAGUAUAAGCAGUGCUUUGCCAUCACCUAAUCAUCAUUUUGCAGCGCCACAGAAUUCUACAUCUCCUCAAUUUACUUGGUACUUUGAUGGGGAUCCUGCUGCCGUGGGUGUUUUCUCAGCUUCUAGACAGCUUUGGUUGGGAUCUUUAGGCCCUGAUGUAACUGAAGCUCAUAUAAGGUUUCAGCUUGAGAGAUUUGCUCCUUUAGAAAAAUUUUCAUUUUUUCCUGUCAAAGGAUUUGCUUUAGUUGAAUACCGAAACAUUAUUGAUGCCAUAAGGACAAGAGAAUAUAUCCGUGGCUGUUUCCCAUGGCGCAUAAAGUUCAUGGACGUAGGAUUGGGAACUAGGGGUGUUGUAAAUGGUGUUGCAGUUGGUACUAGCUGUUUUGUUUAUGUUGGGAACAUUUCAAGUCCAUGGGCAAGAGAUGAAAUUUUACAUGAGUCCAGGAAAGUGGUUUACAAGGGUCCUUAUGUGAGUGAUCUUACUUAUGAAGGUGCAUUGUCUUUUGCAGCUCCCACUAGUCAUGUUGAUAUCAGAAGCAAUAACUCUGCAAACAGCUCUACCAGCUCAGUAGAUCUUGUAUCUCCUAGAUUAAAAGCAGAAAACCAUGUAACUGCUGUACAAGGUGGACAUCCAUUUCAUUCGAACUGGUCUACCUGUACAGAGAAACCAGAUGGAGUGAAAAAGCAGGGUGGCUUUGACAAUAAUGUUACAUCAGAUCCCACAAAAGGAGGUGGUAAUGCUGUUUCUACCGCCCCUGGGCAAAUGUGGACAUAUAAGAAACCUGAGGCUGAGCUGCAAUCUGCAUCAGGGAACUUGCCAUGCAUGCCAGUAGUAACACAUGGAGUUUCUGUUCCUCCACCUCACCAAAUCCCUCCACCCGGUCCUCCACCUCAGCAAAUCCCUCCACCUGGUCCUCCACCUCACCAAAUCCCACCACCUGGUCCUCCACCUCACCAAAUCCUGCCACACUGUCCUCCACCUCACCAAAUCCCGCCACCUGGUCCUCCACCUCACCAAAUCCUGCCACACUGUCCUCCACCUCACCAAAUCCCGCCACCUGGUCCUCCACCUCACCAAAUCCUGCCUCCCGGUCCUCCACCUCACCAAAUCCCACCACAUGGCCCUCAUCCUCAACAAAUCCCACCACACGGCCCUCCACCUCAACAAAUCCCACCAUCUGGUCCUCCACCCCAGCAAAUCCCACCACCUGGCCCUCUACCUCAGCAAAUUCCGCCACCUGGUCCACCUCCAUUCAUGCGAUCUGUUUAUCACCCUCCAAACAGUCCCUGGGAUCCAAGAGGUCUGAAUCAUCAUUUUCCUCAAAAUCCAAUUUCCCCAGGUGUGGGGCCUAACACUUUCCAUGGUAAUUCUGUUCCACCCCCUUUUGUACCUGCUUCUGUGACCCCUCUUGCACAGAUACAGGGACCUCCAGUGCAACACUUUGAUCAAAUGUUUUCUCAUCCUGUUGUCCCACAACCACAUUUAUCAUCCUUACCACUGCCACAACCUGUAAUCCCGCCUCCAUUUCCACCAACUCCACCACCAUUGCCUCAGUCACUGCCACCUCUGGUUCCGCCCCCACCUAAUUCUCCUCCACCCCCACCAAUUGCAGAGCUUACCAGGGCGGGAAGUUCUGAACAGUUUGUACAGCAUCAGUGGCAGGGUGCCUUAUGUAAAAGUGGAGUUCAUUAUUGUACAGUUUAUGCCCAGAGACUUGAGUCAGAUCUGUGCAAAUAUUCAAACGCUAAUUCUGAACCUGAAGAAUGGCCUGCCAAAUUAGAUAUGACCAAACGCACAGAUUUUCGGCAUGUAAGGUCAACAUUCACCAAUACUCCACCACAUAAAAGGGAGGUUUGUAGGUUGAGCCCCUGUUCCAGCGGCGAUCAUAAAGGCUUUCAGGAUUUUACUUCAUAUUUGAAGCAGAGAGAGUGUGCAGGAGUGAUUAAGAUCCCUGCAGUGAAGUCCAUGUGGUCAAGGCUUCUUUUUAUACUUCCUUACUCGCCAGACAUAUGUUCUUUGCUUUCAGUCUCACUUAACCCGUCUGAUUGCCUCAUUGCCUUGGUAUUGCCCAAAGAAACAAACUUCGAGUGGGUUUGAUUUUGACAUUUGAUGAUCAAAAGAAAAUUUUGGAGCAGAGAAUACUGGCUUUGCAAUAUGGAAUCACUGUCCAAUUAUAAACCAGAAGGGCGCCUUCCAGGCCUCACAAAGGAGUUUUAUUAAGAAGCAGAAGAAACAACAAUGCUGAUAUUUACAAAUUAUGUUUAGUUUUCGUACCCCUGCUGGUUGUUAAGCAAGGCUUCUCUUGUGCCCUAGCUGAGGGCAAAAUCAAGGGUAGUUCCUGUUCAUAUAUCUUUCAAUGUGUCUACAAUCAGAUGAGAUUGCCAUUGCUGUUCUUGCAUAAACUUUUGAAUGUGUUUUUUCAUUUUUGUAAUAAUAUUAGUAAAGAAUCGAAUCUAUUUCUUUUGGAGUUAUUUUGAAAAAUUGUUGUGCCUUUAGGACUACAGACCAUUGCACAACAGAUGGGCUCCUCCAUCAAACCAACUUUUCUAGGUGUAUUUUGAAUUAAAAAAAAAUCAAAAUAUGUGAUUAUU